UGCAGCACUCGGCCGUGAUUGGUCCGUCGCUAUGAAUGAGGUGGGUCUUAACGACACUCGCCGUGUAAGCUACUGUUGAAAUUCCAAUGCUAACCAACUUUAGCCAGCUUGCUAACAUGUAACUGAGCGACUGUGAAGAACUACUUGUAAAGCGGUAUAGUUGGAUUUAAAUACAUAAAUGAUACAUAUCUCCAAAAGAGGCAUAUUGUAAAAUUCGUCUUCAUGCUUGCUACUGCGCGUGUCUCAGCUACUGCAACCAGGACAUGUCCAGUUAGCCAGAACGCAGCACUCGGUGGAUAACGAACCCUGGCAGAGCUAGCCAGUCAGCCUGCUUGGACUGGGUCUGCUUUGAGAGAUUUGAACAGGUUUCGUCGCUCAGUGGGCAGUGAAGCCGGAUGCUGUGACUACCAUGAGUCCCGCAGGCUGCCCCCAUGUCAACGGCUUCAAAGUGGACAACUGGAAGCAGAACCUGAGGGUCAUUUAUCAGUGUUUCGUGUGGAGUGGUUCAGCUGAGACCAGAAAACGCAAGGCCAAGUCAUGUAUCUGCCACAUGUGCGGCGCCCACCUCAACAGACUCCACUCCUGCCUCUACUGCGUCUUCUUCGCCUGCUUUGCCAAAAAACACAUCCACGAACAUGCCAAGAGCAAAAGGCAUAACCUAGCUAUCGACCUGCUGUACGGGGGAAUUUACUGCUUUAUGUGCCAAGACUACAUUUACGACAAAGAGAUGGAACAGAUCGCCAAAGAGGAACAAAGGAAGGCCUGGAAGAUGCAAGGUAUCGGGGAAAAGUACUCAACGUGGGAGCCGACGAAGAGGGAGCUGGAGCUGCUGCGUCACAACCCCAAAAGAAGGAGGAUCACCUCCAACUGUACAAUUGGUCUGCGCGGGCUGAUAAAUCUGGGCAACACGUGCUUUAUGAACUGCAUCGUCCAGGCGCUGACACACACCCCACUUCUGCGAGACUUCUUCCUCUCGGACCGGCACAAAUGCGAGAUGCAGAGCAACUCCUGCUUGGUGUGCGAGAUGUCGCAACUGUUCCAGGAGUUCUACUCAGGCCACCGCUCACCUCACAUCCCGUUCCGCCUCCUCCACCUCGUGUGGACCCACGCCCGUCACCUGGCCGGCUAUGAGCAGCAGGACGCCCACGAGUUCCUCAUUGCAGCAUUGGAUGUUCUGCACAGACACUGCAAAGAUGACAACGGGAAGAAAGCAAACAACCCGAACCACUGUAACUGCAUCAUUGACCAAAUCUUCACAGGGGGCCUGCAGUCUGACGUCACCUGUCAAGCCUGCCAUGGUGUUUCAACAACUAUAGACCCAUUUUGGGACAUCAGCCUGGACCUGCCAGGCUCUUCCACACCAUUCUGGCCCCUCAGCCCUGGAGGAGAUGGAUCAGCACUUAACGGAGAGAGUCACACCACUGGAGCCACAACACUGACGGACUGUCUGCGCAGGUUCACCAGACCAGAACACCUCGGGAGCAGCGCGAAGAUCAAGUGCAGUGGCUGCCAUAGUUACCAGGAGUCUACCAAGCAACUGACGAUGAAGAAGCUGCCCAUCGUGGCGUGCUUUCACCUCAAAAGGUUUGAGCAUUCGGCCAAACUGCGGCGGAAGAUCACUACUUAUGUCUCCUUUCCUCUGGAGCUGGACAUGACCCCGUUCAUGGCCUCUAGUAAAGAAAGCCGGAUGAAUGGGCAGUACCAGCAGACCGUGGAUCCCUUCAACAACGACAACAAGUACAGCUUGUUUGCAGUGGUGAACCAUCAGGGGACACUAGAGAGCGGUCAUUACACCACUUUCAUCCGACAGCACAAGGACCAGUGGUUCAAAUGUGACGAUGCAAUCAUCACCAAGGCUAGCAUCAAGGAUGUCCUGGAUAGUGAAGGGUACCUUCUGUUUUACCAUAAACAGUUCCUGGAGUACGAAUAA